GCCGGUGCUGAACUGCCUCAGCCGCUCCCCGGCAGCACCCCUGGGACAGCGGCGCCCUGUCGGCCCCUCAGCAGCACCCGGUCCUCCCUCCUUGCCACCCGGCACAAGCUCUCCCGCCGCUGCUCCGCUGCCGAGGACACCUCAUGGGAAAUAAAUAAAUUAGUUACCCCACUCACUCCCGCGGCAGGGAGAGGAGCCGGCGGCGGCCGCGGGAUUAGAUCCAGCCCGAGCUAUAGACCAGUCUAGUUGAAGAAGAAGGAGAGACCAAAAAUGCCACCAGCAACAGGAGCACCACAGUACCCACCUCCAGAUGGAGGUUGGGGGUGGGUUGUGGUCUUUGGGGCUUUUAUCUCCAUUGGAUUUUCCUAUGCAUUCCCCAAAGCCAUCACAGUGUUCUUCAAAGAAAUACAAGAAAUCUUCCACACAUCAUAUAGUGAGAUAGCCUGGAUAUCAUCAAUAAUGUUGGCUGUCAUGUAUGCAGGAGGUCCCAUAAGCAGCAUUUUGGUGAAUAAAUAUGGUAGCCGGCCUGUGAUGAUAGCAGGAGGCAUCCUGUGUUCAUUUGGAAUGAUUGCUUCCUCUUUCUGCAAUAGUGUCUUGGAACUUUAUAUAUGUAUUGGUGUCGUUGGAGGUCUGGGUUUAGCAUUCAACUUGCAACCUGCCUUGACCAUGAUUGGCAAGUAUUUCUAUAAGAAGCGUCCCAUUGCUAAUGGAUUGGCCAUGGCUGGAAGUCCAGUGUUUCUGAGCACACUGGCACCUCUCAAUCAAUUUCUCUUCAAUGCAUUUGGCUGGAAAGGAAGCUUUCUCAUUCUGGGAGGACUUCUUUUGAACUGCUGUGUGGCUGGGUCACUUAUGAGACCUGUUGGACCUAAAACAGUCCCUCCCGUGAAAAAAGAUGUUGAAAAAGGAACAGGAGAGUCUACCUUGCACAAAAACAACAAGAAGUCUUUUUGGCAAACAAUGAAUAAGUAUCUAGAUCUGUCCCUCUUCAAGCACAGAGGGUUUCUGAUCUAUUUGUCAGGAAAUGUAAUUAUGUUUAUUGGUUUCUUUGCUCCAAUAGUAUUUUUGGCUCCUUAUGCCAAGCACAAGGGCAUUGAUGAAUAUUCUGCAGCUUUUUUGCUAUCUAUCUUAGCCUUCGUAGACAUGUUUGCUAGGCCUUCAAUGGGACUUGUAGCAAACUCCAGGUUUAUCCGGCCAAAGAUUCAGUAUUUUUUUAGUUUUGCUGUCUUGUACAAUGGCGUCUGUCAUAUCUUGUGCCCUCUGGCAACAAAUUACACUGGCUUGGUGAUCUAUGCUGUAUUUUUUGGGUUUGCAUUUGGAAUGGUUAGUAGCGUUCUUUUUGAGACAUUGAUGGACCUCGUUGGGGCUGCCAGAUUUUCCAGUGCAGUUGGACUUGUCACCAUUGUGGAAUGUUGCCCUGUACUCAUAGGCCCUCCUCUAGGAGGUUGGUUAGUGGAUGUUACUGGUGAAUAUCAGUACAUGUAUUUUGUCUGUGGAGUGAUUGUGACCGUGGCCAGUAUUUGGUUGUUCAUUGGCAAUACCAUUAACUACAGGCUUUUGGCAAAAGAAAAGAAGUUAGAAGAUGAGAAGCUGAAAGCACAAAAGAAUGCUGACUUAAAGGAAGCGGAACCACUAACAAACAAUGAGAACGAUGAUGCUAACAGCAGAGCUGACAAAGCCCUUGAAGAUCCUUCAGAAAGAGAAACCAAUAUUUAACCUGCAGUAUAGCUCAGAAGGCAACAUUUAUGACUGCUAUUAGAAAUAUGUCAAGACACAGGCCAGGUUUUGUGGUAAUUAUGAUCAGUCACAAUACCGGAUGAGAACAGAUUUCUACCCCAUGGCAAGACUCUUAAGUUGAAUUACUAUCUACAGUUUAUUUAUUUUAGUGAUACAAAAUUGAGAUGACAGAUGUAGAGACUUCAUGCAAAUGAGUCCAUCAAAUAUGAUUCUUAACAAUCAAGAGUCAGGUAAACCAAACUAUAAGGCCUUCCAGCAACAGUUUUGUUUCAAAAGUAUAUCUAAUGCAAAAGUAUCUCCUACUCUUCUUCGGGAAGAUACUUAGUGUUCAUCUUUAGAGUAUUGUUAAAGCCUGCUGAAAUAACCUACCCAAUCUAUAUUUGCCACUAAUAUUAAAAAGAAUAAAAACUCAAAGAUUUGUUUCAGAGUAGACAGAGUACCUGAGUGAAGCACACUGAAACUUUUUUCUCUUUUGUAUGCCCACUAAAUCCAAAAGUUGUAUUAUGUCUGUAUUAACAACUAUAAUAUGGAUGUAAAAGUUAAGGCUAGGAGUUGAACAGUUGGUGAGUACCAUCUCUAAGACACAAUAAACAGCUAAAUUACAAUAUAUUCCAGAAGUUGCUUCCUCCUGUGAUAGCUGACUACAUUGCACUUCAACACAUACAUUCGAACAAAAAGGAUGUUCAGACCUCAUUAAUUCAAACUAAGCUAAAAUCUGCCUAUGCAUAAAAUGAUUUAAAACCAAAAAUUUCAUUGCUAGCAAAAGUGGCAACUAGCUUGUUUGAUUAUGUAUUCCUGUAUGACUGAAGGAUCUGGACUGAACUGUGAAACAUUUUUUCCAAAGGGACUAGAUUCAGAACCUGCUGAUGUAAAAAGGAUACUUACCCUUGUUUUUUGUGGCCUGUGUCAGCUUCGGGGCAAUGACUUCAAAGUAGAUGCUUGGGUUUAUUGGCAAGUUGUUAGUUGUUUGAUGGUCUGCUGAGAGGAGAUGUAAGGUCUAACUUCAGGUCUUUACAGAUAGGCAACUGCAUACCAUUUCUCACCUCUCUUUCCCAUGUAUUUCACAAAAAUCUAAUUCUUUACUGUAAUGCCAGUUUGAGCAAAAAUGCUGCAAGGCACAUUGACAGUGCCUGUCUGAAAGCUUUGUACUGACAUAUCAAUUUUGUGCAGAAUAGGUGUCUACAGUUUUACACAGACACUCCUAUUCCUUUAGGCAAAAGAAAGCCUAAGUCUACAAUUUUACUUUACAGAGAUCAUUUAGCAUUGCACUUGAAAGCUAACAGUGCAAACUUCUGGAAGUGUUAAGUGAAAAUAUUUGUUUUCUAUUUGUAAGGAGACAUGCUAUUCAUUUAGGAGAGAGGCACAUAAAUGCCCUCAAAACUGUGAAAAUUAAGGGUCUAAUUUGUAAAAUAUUUAUGCACUGUUUAUGCAGGAUGCACAUACACUCAAUACUGGAAAGAAGUUAUCAUUCAUUUUAGCCCUCCUAAAUCUCAAAAAAAUGCAAAGAUAUUGGACAGAAUGCUACCAGUUUUGAAGUAACAGGGAAAAAAAGGGGAAAAACAGUAAAGUCAAACAGAUAUGGGAAUGCUUUUAAGAAAGUAACUUCUUAAUAGUAGUUUUCGUUGUAAUUUUUGUUCUAAAGGUAGUAUUUGUUUAGGUAGUAUUUGCUUCUGUUUUACUGGCUUGUCAUCUUAUAUACUACGAGUUUCCGCAGUAAUGCUGAACGUUUUCAUUAUCGCAGCACCGUUUGUGGGAGAAGCAUCAUGAUCUACUCAUAGCAUGGUACAGAAAUUAAUGCCUCCACUUUACCUAAUUAUAUGCAGGAAAACUAAAUAUCUUCUGUAGGUCAUAUGAUUAAUUAGGCACAUCUGAAACAAAAUAAGUGUGUGCGUUUCAUAGGUUGCAGACUCCAAUUUGAGCAGUGAGCUCUGUAAAGGAGAAUGAUAGAGUCCCAGUAAAAUUACAAGUCCUCCCCAAGCCCGCAGCUUGAGAGAAGAAAUAAAUUCAUUGUACCUCCUGAAUCAUAGUCCUACCAGCACCUCAAGAAUUAAAAACAUUGCCCUGUUUUUGUCUAUGCAAACAUACAGGGAAAAUUUCAGGAACUAUGAAGGCCUUAUAUGCCCAAAGCCAGGAAGUGAGGAGUUUCAUAGACACUAAGCUUUUGUAUAGUGAGGAAUACCAGUUACAAAUACUGGAUUGCAAAAGAUGAACUGCAAUUUUAGCUAAAAAGUAAUCAUCAGGAACAUCACUCUGCUCUUGACAGCAAGUAGUAGAAAGGCAGAGAUUAUUUGAGAAGAGUUGAAUAUAGAGGCUGAACCAAAAUGACUAAGGAAAAAAUUCUAGGUGCUUAUUAUCACUUUGCAAAGAAACAGCAUGAUUAAGACUACAGGGUAGAAGCCAGCAUGUGUCAAUUUUUUACUUAAGACCGUUAAGAGUUGCUGUUGAGUAAAUAAAGGACUCAGAAAAAAAGAUAAUGUAAAAAAGCUUUCAGGAAACAUGCUAGCAGCUUAGCUAUUCUAUGCAGGAUCACAGAAUACAAUGCAACAUGGCAUAGGAAAUAAGGGAAAAACAAAGUUCCUCAAGCCAUCGACACACUCAACCACCAGGAACAAAGCUUGCUAAUAUCUCUGAGGAAGUCAAAAUUAGUAUAAAUACAGCCUUCUGCAGAGAUGCCACUCUUCAGUCUCUGCUCACUUAUGUUAAAAAUUAAUGGGAAUGAAAGAGCUGUUGUACCAGCAUUUACAGUUUUUAAUCCCAUAAGGUACAAUGAUGAAGCAGACAACUGGAGCAAUGUAAAAUAGGAGCUGAGUCAAAUGAAACAUUUCUUUAAUUUCCUCUCAUUAACUUUUCCUCUUAGUACUAACAACAAAAUAAAAUCCAUCAGAAUACUCUUGCUAUUACUGAAUGUUAAAGAAGCUUAAAUCCAGAGAUUAAUAAACAAAAGUGGAACCAUAUCUAUGCAAAACCUGCCUAGAAUUAAAAAAAAAAUAAAAAAUUAAGAUGUGUCUUCCAAAAAACAAGUUUUAAAGGGGAAAUCCCCUUGUAUAGGUAGCUCUUGUUUCUGAAAAUAGUAAUAAUAAUAAUGACAAAUUGGUUUGAAUCAACUCUAUACAGAGCAGUAAAGUAGCAAAAUGAAUAUCACCUCUGUCCCCCUGGAUAUCACUCUUGCACCGAGCUGUAAUUUGUAUUGCAAAUCAUUUAAUCAUUAUAUUUCUGCUUUCAGCAUAAGACCUAGGUAUACUCCAUGUCUCUAAAUUCCUCUAGUUUCUUUUAGUUACCUUAUCCCCAGUUUAGACCAUUGCACAUUCAGGACUAAGAGAUGCCCCUCUGCUACUGUGAAGAAAUGUACUCUCAGACUUGAGACACAUAGCAUGUAUCUGUUAUGCACUCUGGAGUCUAUAAUCUGUCAGUCAAUGUAAGCAAGUCUUUAUUUGGUCUUGAUCUCUUUUAUAUUCAUGUAUACUUCAUCCUUUUCAUGUCUUGGCCACAAUAUUAUUGAAUAUAACUGUUGUCUUGCUUUACUUUGAUCAAUCAAGAAAAAUCAUGCUAAAUUAUUAGGAAAGGAGGUAACUUGAUUAAUUUUUUGUUUUUCUAUUUAACAUCAGAGUUAAAUUUCAAGUAGUUUCAGAAUAUGCUUUUAUUGCUUUAGACUUUUUUGACAUCAUAUUCUUUGGUACCUGGAGAAUUAUUCUGUAUGUCUCUUACUGGUGAGAAAGACUUCUCACCAGUAAUUCUCAGUACUUUUUCAAUAACCUGUCAAAAAUUCGCCUCUCCCACUUAUCCCUGUUUGUCUGUGCUUGCAUCCGUUGCCAGUUCUGUAUUUCCAUGUUUUUAUAUGAAAUCCUGUAGCAUAAGUAGUCAGACUUUCGUUUCAGGGGUGUGAUUUAUGAACUCUUUUAACAAUUAGGGAAAGUCUUUGUUGGAAGCACAAAUGCUGGAAAUGGGAAAGCUCAUAAUUGCUGAUAAGCAUCUAGAGCUAAACUGGACACUUCAGUGAGAGCUUGGCUAGAAUGCAAAAGGAUUAAUCUCUUACUAAACUUACCCCUCAUUUCAUUGGAAAAGUCUUCAAAUAGGUUUGGGUUUUUUUGUUUUGUUUUUAAUGAUGCUCUGCUUAUGAAAGGAAGCUCAAUUUUACUUACUACUGAAACAAAUGGCAACAAUCUCACUGAUAUUCAAAAUUCACAUGAAUUUUAAUGGUCUUUUGUAUGUCAGCAUGCAGUGUUCUUAUAAAACCUUUGUCAGUGUGCAUAUACUUGUUCUUCAGAGAACUCUCAGUCUUCUUGGAGGUCCCCCAUCACCCACUCUGUUCUGCAUUUUGAAGUAACACAAAGAAUUCAGACCUGGAAUGUAGUGAUUUUUCUUAAAUGCUUUCCUGUCAUUCUCUUUCCUCAAACGACUAAGUAACAUUUUUUUGCUUGUUGGUUUCAGGGUGUGAGUGCUAGUGGGGAGGCAUUUCUCAGAUACACAAAAAGCUACAGAUACCAUAUACAGCUAGAUUUGGGUCGGCCAAUGGGAUUUCACUCAAUAAAGCCAGUGACUUUUGUAGAUGAAGAGCCUGUUAGUGAUACUGACAGUGUUGCCUAUAACAAAACAGAAUGGAGGCAAUUUUUGUUAGUUUCUCUAUAGAUCACUAUUUUUCUACUCACACAGAGGAAUAUAAAAAGAAUUUUUAAAUCAUUUUCUGAGAAGACAUACCAGUUUUAGCAAGGCUCUCUGCAUCUUUUUGGGGAUGGGUGCUUUUCUGAUUUUUGUGCAUAUAUAUAUAUGUAUUUAAAGUGUUUGCAUGGAUUAUCACCUUUUUUUAAUCGCAAUUUGCGUAAACAUUGCUAUGUAAUUUCAAUAUAAUCUGCAUGCUGUUUUGCAGUUCGAGUUUUUCUUGUCAUCUACCUCUCAGUUGAACUUUGGAAACUUGCAUGGCCCCAGAAGAAUACAGUUAACAGAAAGUAUAAUGGUAAAACCUGUAGAGACUACUAGAAAGUCUUCCAAAUAUUCAGAGCUACUUACAGUGAUGUUUUUAAGGCAGUGCAUAUUUACGACUUAAGUUCUUUGUAACAACUGAUAUAGCUUUAUUAAGUUUAAAGACUUAACAUACUCUGAUGUAGUUUUUCCACAGGAAACUGGUAUGAAAUCUCACAUGUCAUUUAGAUAUCCAAAGUCUACUGCCUCUUCCCUGAGCUGCUGGCCUGCCUUCUUUUGAUUUUUUUUUUCAUCUUCCCAUUUCUAAAUUAGUGGAAUUAAAUGUAAACAUUACAUAGCUAAUACAAUUCAGAUAGUUUUUAAAAGGAUUACAGAGCACUGCAUUUUGCACUCAAAAGUAAAUAAAAAAAUAUUUCUUUGGUUUAGAAAUGCUACAAAAUUAUUACUGUUAUUAUUAGGACAGUAGAGGGUGGUGAUCGCAUUGGAGUGAGACCGAAGAACAAUGAUUGUACAUCAUAUGCUCUGUACACAGCCAGAAUGAUUGUUUCUGUGAAGAUAAUUCUGUUUUCAGUCUGCAAACCAUUCUUGCCUUCUAGGAUCUAGUAUAAAGCCCACUGAAGCUUACAUUAAAAAAAGCCUAUCAAUGUCGACAAGCUUUACUGGGAACUGUAGGUGAGGUGACUUCAGUGGAGGCUUCAGCCUUAUUUUCUCCAUAUCAAAUCUCAGGAUUAUCAGAUAUAACACACAGCAAAAGCAAGAUGUGUUGCAAGUGGCAAAAUUUAGCUCUGUCUGCAUAAUACUCUUUAAAAAAAUCAAUCCCUAACUUAACGCACAAUAUGUAUUGUAUUGGUAGCCUAUGUAAAAAUAAAACCCAAACCAGCCACCAGCCACCAUAAACUCUGAAUGUAGUUUAUAAAACAUAGAGGAUAUAUUUAAACAGAUAUCUGAACAAAUCUGUUUAACCCCAGAGGAAACUGCAUUAUUUCCUUUCAAGCCUUCCUUCAGCAGUUUAUACUCUUCAUUUUUCUUAUAUCCAGCGAAAAUGGUUUAUGUCCUUUGGGAAUGUACAUAUAGACAUAUAUAUAAGGGAAUAUAUAUGCUUGUAUGUGUGUAUAUAUAUAUAUAUAUGUAUUCCUUUCUAUAUAAAACUCUAAUUUAUAUAUAUUAUAUAUAUGUGUAUAUAUAAAAUAUAUAUAAUGUUUUAGAGUGAGUUGCAUACCGUGCCUGAAAAAUGAAACAUAUUUGUAAGCAAAUAAAAGACUUCAGCAAAUGACUGAGAAAAAUGUAAAGGUUUUCUGUAAGAGUAUGUGUUAUUGUUUUUCAGUCUCUGCUGGUUUUAUUUAUAGUAGAUAUUCAUUCAGAAAAAUGCAAUGUUGCCUAACACUGGUAUUUCAGCCAUGAUGCAUUUCAAAGUGGCCUAAGCACUGAGAAUUUUCAUCGUUGCUAGACUGUCAGACCUACAUUGUUGGUUAAAGGGUUGGCUGAGUGUUCUUUCUGUGGAAGUAUUAACUAGAUGAUCUCUGAACAGACUGAACACAGAGACUGAGUUUUCAGUUCUUGUAUGACAAGAUCAUUUGAAGCAUUGAUGGACAUGAUACUCUGUUGAAAAGUAGGAAAAAUAGGAAUGCUCAUUUGCCCUGCAAACAAUAAUACUGCUAAAUUAUUAUGGGAAACUUUCCAGAACUCUAGGCUACAAAGGCUGAACAUUUUCAUACCUUUUCCAGAUUAUGGAUGUUUUUAGCUUAUUUUUAUUUUGUCUUCAAGUAAGCAAGCCUGUGAAAAGUUUACAUUUGUCUCAGACUCUUUUUUAAAAAAAGUUCUACUUUAAAAGUUAUUGAGAAAUUUCUUCAGAGUGGUGCAUGAGGCACAUACAUAAAUACCCUUCCUGACAUGUAACAUGGAUGCAUCUUCCACUUUUAGCCUAAAUGGAAAGUUUGCCAUAUCUGCAGUCUACCUACUACAGAACUCAGUAUUGCUAUGCAAUAAUGAAACAUAGAGUAGCCAUUUUCAUUGACUAACAAUUGUCUUUUUCUUCCUUUUUGUAUUUUGCAACAUUGUAAUUUUUUUUUUUACUUAGAUAGAAUGUCUAUUUUUUUUUUUAACAAUCAUUUAAUCACUGGAGGUGCUAUUUAUGUUCCAAAGAGAUCUGGGUGAUUGAUAACAUUCUCUUUCUAGAUGCCAAACCCUUUCCUGACAUGACAAAAUCCAUUGCUCAUAAUGUAUGUUAACCACGUAAAAUACUUAUGCACUGUAUUACAUUGCAUUUAAGUACAUUUUUGCCCAUUCUAGGCUUGUACCCGUGUCUAAUAUGUCAAGGUUGUCCAUAUAUAUUUAUGGAAAAUUACAAUGAAAAGUGUGUAUAAUAAACAGUGAUCAAAUAAAAUUUCCAUGUAAAGUUUCUGAAAGAACAUAAAUGCUGGAGUUUUAGAUUCUGUAAUAUUAUUUACAUUUUUCAAGUGUACAACUAUUCAUAAAUAUGCUAAUUGAUUCAUUAUUCAGAUGUAAUUAAGAGCUCAAAAUUGCUUCACAUUGCAUUCAAAAGCAAAGCUGGAAACUUUUCCAUGUAGGAUAAAAAUACUGCCAGCCCCUUGCUCUUCUUAAUUACUCCACAAUUAUGAUCUAAUCUCAUAUAUUGCUCCAAUACCAUCUGGACACCCAGGAUUUUCCCCCAUUACUCUGAUUGGGAUGCUUUUUAUUCUAUAUUCCAUGUACAUGUAGUAUCACUCAAUUAUUACUAAUACUCAUUUUUCUGCAGAAGGGGAAUUUAUCUGUAUAGAAAUAGUGAAUGCAUAUGACUAUUUCAGCUCAUCUUUAAAUGUUCCUGUAUUCUAUGUAUUUGUCAGUUGACUUAAGGUUAUGAUUAUGUGCCCCAGUUAAAUCAGUAUUUAUUUACAGAACAGGAUUGGUUAUUUAAAGUUUGAGAUAUUAAAGAGAUAUUAGAGAUACUAACAUCCUUUGCAUGCUGUCUACACGCCUUUUACACAGAAGCACAAUAAGCUACUAGGAAGAUACAGAAGAUGAACUGUUGAAAGAAGUAAUUUGUCUAUGGAAGCAAAUGGUCUUUAUUUUUAUAUUUCUAAUUAAAGUAUAAAAUCUAUUUUCAAAUAAUGGUAUCUAUUAUCUUCUUGAUAUGGAAGUGUUGACUCAACUACUAGAGUAUAUUUAGAUUUUGUUUAGAUUCUAGAUCCUUGUCAUAUUUACAUUUUUGGCUAUUUGUAUGGUUCAUAAACAAUCCAUUUUCAGAUAUUGACUAAGCAAAAAAUAAAAGUAAAAUUAAAAAUACAUAGUGGCAAAGUUGUCCCUUUGGCACAGUGAACCAGAUAUGAUAUUUAACUCCACUCAAAGACAUUGCUGAUUUCACUUGCAUGCCAAAAGAAAUGUUGCCUCUGAAUCUGAUUGCGUGACUAAAAUACAUUGCUGAGUAACAGACAGCACAUUCCAAAACAGUCAUGCUUGUUCCUGAAGUUUUGUAUUUUGAUAGUUCAGUAGCAAGACAGAUGCAGACCUCAAACUGCACUUUGUCUCUGAUGUCAUCUGUUGCUAUGCUUUCUGACAAAUGAUAUUUUAUUCAAGCAAUGAUCCCUUUAACUCCCCUGGUUAUCUCAAACUGUGUUAAUAGGUUACAUUUAUCACUGCAAAUAUUUGAUGAUCCCUUCCACAGUUUUAUUCUUCUGAUCAAGACUUAAAAGCAUUGCCAUUCAAUAAAAUUCCUAAGCCAAAAUAUGUACAUGCUAUAUAAUAUAUAUAAUUAUGUCCUUAAUAAUAUGUAUGUGCAUAUUAUUCUUUGUAUACCCUGAUCUGCAUGCAUUUGCUAUAGCACAUGGUGCUUCAGUGCGUCUUCGUAAACUGAAUUAAGACAGUCCCCUAGAGAUCAGAGAUAGCAAGGCUAUUGUUUAAAUUUAAAAUCAGAGUCAUAAGCCAAAGUAAAAUAAAAUGGUAGGUGUACGUGUGUGUGUGUGUGUGUGUAUUGCGUUAAGAAAAUGAGAUUCACUGAAUGAAUAAGUAGUCUAAUUUUCAUUAAGUAACUUCUAAUUUCCAGCACCUAGUGACACCAAAGAAAUACUUGUCUGGAAUAUAUCCACCCCUUUAAACAACUAUUUUUCUCAAAGAAACUUCCUACAGGAUCCUAUUGUGUAAUAAAACUGAGAAAUAAAGGAUCCUAUUGUGUAACAAAA